AUGCUUGAUAGUCAAAUCUUUCCACAUAUCCUCGACUCGGUGGUCGCCCACGCCCCUACCGGGGUCCUCUUCAUCCUCCGUGCGACGUCGACCAAUCUCAAAGCCAAAGCAGACGCUUGUCUCUGCACUCACUUGGUCCUGAAGGAGGGCCUCUCUUGUGCUCUCGAUGCACUAACGCUGUGGACGCCCCAAGACGAUGUUUCGGACCCUGCCACCUUGAACACGUUACCCAUCACCCGCCCAGUGACAAGUACAGGCCUGGACCUUACUCCUCCUGACGGGCGCCUGGCUCACGUCCGCGUCCUGGACUUGCACUCCCCCGAGUACUGCGUCUGCGAGAAAUGUGAAGGCAUGUUUUGGAUGUGGACCCAAAUGGAGGCGCGCUUGGACUCGCUCCGCGCGCUCAACUCGGGACCCACGCCAGUGCGUAACAUCCGCCUGCUCCGCAUCAUGGGAGAAUGGGGGCACAACCUCGACCGCGCGUUUCCAGCUCUUCUCACAUCUCUAGAUCCGACCCGUGUGGUGCACUUCCUCUCUUCCACCAGGUGGCACUUGGUCCCCCGAUUCCACGCGACUCUGUCAUUUGGGUCCGACGUUAUUCUCAACUACUCGUACUCUCCCAAAGACGUAAAUUUCCCUUCAGCCGAUUUUUCCACCACCGGCGGACCGGCGGGUCGCACGGUCUUCAUCGUCUUCACGGGCACAGACGAGUGCAGUAAUAUCCUUCAUCUGCCUGGGUUGACACCCGUGUUCAAUAAUCUCGCAGCCUUCAUCAGCAAAAGGCUUCGUGCCGCCGCUACAAUGGAGGAUCGGGUCGUCGUCGUCGGCAUAGAGACGUGGAACCCACAAUGCCUGGGGACGGUGGCAUUCAAAUACAUGGGCGAGGGUAGAAACUGCAGAGAAGAUGUGGAACCGGGUGCGAGCCUCGAGGAACGCUUCCGUUGGUGGAUCAACGCCGCUGCGGGCGACGACGCUGCGCGGGUCGAGGCUGGAAUCGCUUACGCCACGAACGACGAGUUCAAGGCGUACAUCAAUGACGACGACGAGUACAAGCUCAUCAUGUCGCCGUCGGUGUGA